GGGCGCUACUUCGAAAUCUGGUGAUAUUUUGCUUUUGAGGUUCCGUAUUAUUGUGCUGCCAAGUUGGAUGGCAGAUAGACUAACUGAAUUACAAGACGCAAUUAAUUUACAGGCGGAAAAUCUGUGUAACGCAAUUGGUGUGAUACAACAAAUUGCUCAGCCUAGCUUUUUUGCUGAUUUUAAUUGGGCGUCUAGAUCAACCAAACCAGAAUAUCAAGCAUUUCUUCAGUCUCAAUCACCAGAGGAUAUUAGUCGGAAUUUUGCAGUCGCGAUCUCUUCAACUGCAAAACAGUUGGAUGUACUAAUCGGAGCUUUACCGGAAGAAGAAGCCAGUGCAGAUAUUCAACGAGCAACUGUUCAGAAACUUCUUGAGGCCUACAGAACAGAAGGCGUGAAGCUUACACGUAUUACAAAUAGACUCGAAUCAAGGUUAGCUGAAGUACGUCGCUCCUUGGCAACCAUUGCACAAAAGCAACUCACCAGUCAAUCAUUAGAAUCAGAGGUCUACAGAGAAUUUUAUGGAUACUAAACCAGAUCCGUUGUUGUUUGACUCAACCUAUGAAGUUCCUGAUUCCCUUUUACCUUCACCAUCUGAAUCAUCGCCUAUUUCACAUGUUUCAUGGCUUACAUACUUAACUGUCAUAUUUCUAGUGAUUUUAUUCUUUCGGGUUUGCUUUUCAUUUGGUGCUGUGGAUCGACUACACAGUCUUCUAAACUUCAUAUUAACCAUAGCUACAUCUUC